AUGCGGUUCCUUUCGUUGAUCCCAACCGCCAUCGUGGCGCUGCUAGUCAAGUCUGCCGCCGGCUUUCCAUUUCGGCCCGACCUAGCCAGGGAAUUGCGAACGGCUGCUGAGUUGGGAAUAGAUUGGGAUCUUGUGCUAAAGGAUCGCCAGACGUUCCGAGAGGCCGUCACGAAAGUCGGCACUCCAGCAGAAUAUGUUUCGCUUCCCAUCGACCAUGACGAUCCGUCUGUCGGGACCUUCCAGAAUCGGUUCUGGGUAAAUGACGAGCACUAUGCGCCGGGUGGGCCAGUCUUCUUUUAUGAUGUCGGGGAAGCCAACGGGGAAGGAAGCGCCGCUCUUCUCACAGCGAGUGCCUCGUUCUUCCCAGAUGUGCUGCAGGAGUUCAAUGCCAUUGGGAUAGUAUGGGAGCAUCGAUAUUACGGAGACUCACUGCCAUUUCCCGUUACCAAUAACACCCCACCAGAACAUUGGAAGUAUCUUACCACGAGACAGGCGCUGGCAGAUAUUCCCGUCUUCGCGGAGAACUUCACUCGUCCGUCUUUCGAGAAGUAUGACUUAACUCCCGAGUUGACACCUUGGAUUAUGGUUGGAGGCUCGUAUCCUGGCGCACGAGCUGCAUUCGCUCGCAAGGAGUACCCAGACACAAUAUUCGCCGCGUUCGCUUCCUCAGCUGUGGUCCAUGCGCAGAUCGAUAUGAGCGUGUAUUAUGAACAAAUUUAUCGAUCCAUGGUGGCCAACGGACUAGGCAACUGUGCCCUAGACAUCCACGCGGCUCUCGAAUAUAUCGACGACCAGCUCUCUCAGGAAGACACUGCCGUCGCAAUAAAGCAGCUCUUCUUUGGUGUUGGCGCUGAGAAGAACUCAAACGAAGACUUCACUGCAGCCCUUUCAGGAAUAUUCGGGUAUUUCCAGAGUUACGGCUUGGAAGGCCCUUCGGGGUCGCUGGGGCCGUUCUGUCGUCAUCUCGAAUCGGAUCCGGUGACAGGGCUAGCGGCAGGACCAGAAGGCCUGGCACCUCGACUUGGAAACAAGUACCUGGCAGAACGCUGGGCCACAUGGCCGACAUUCACGGAGGUGAUCAAUCUCAACUACGAGACAAACUGCGAAGGCCUCAACAAGCGCACCGCUACGUCCUGCGAACUGAACAAGCCUGUAACCAGAGCAGACGCGAUCGCUUGGACCUGGCAGUACUGCUCAGAGUGGGGAUUCUACCAGAGCAACAACGAGGGAACUCAUUCCCUGCUCUCUCGAUACCAGACACAAGAAUUCCAGCAGUUCAUGUGCAACCGGCAGUUCCCCGAAGCCGUAGAAAGAGGCCUCCUUCCCCCAGAACCGCAGACCGACGCGGUGAAGGCGUUUGGCGAUUGGAACGCCAGGCCAUCAAACGUGUAUUUCAGCGCUGGAGAGUUCGACCCCUGGAGGACGAUGACGCCGCUUUCAACCGAGUCGUUCUCGCCGCAGCUCACCGUCACGUCGGACAUUCCGCAAUGCGGGGUGCAGACGGCGGCGGACACGGUGUUUGGGUAUGUCGGAGCCAAUCAGGUCCACUGCUUUGAUUUCCAAGUUGGCUCGGAACUUGCCGAGGUGUCGCGAGAUAUCUUCCGGCGGGCGUUGAGGGAGUGGCUUCCGUGCUUCGAGAAGCAGAAGUAG